AUGGCUUCCGUAUACAAAUCGCUGUCGAAAUCAGACGCUCCUGCAUCCAAGGAGGAUGCGCUGUCCACUGGUCCCAAGAACCGUCAAAGAGUGCUGAUUCUGUCGUCGCGCGGCAUCACCUACCGGUAUGCGCAUCCUUUGAUUCAGCACGCGCGCAUACAGAAGAUUUUGAAGCUGACUGCUCAUGAUAGCCACCGUCACCUCCUCAAUGACCUAUACUCCCUCCUCCCCCACAGCCGCAAAGACGCAAAACUAGACACAAAGACAAAACUCUACCAACUCAACGAACUAGCCGACCUCUACAACUGUAACAAUGUCUUUUUCUUCGAAGCCCGCAAAGGCAAGGAUCUCUACAUCUGGAUGUCCAAGCCNCCGAACGGUCCCACCGUCAAGUUCCACCUUCAAAACCUGCACACGAUGGAAGAACUCCACUUUACUGGAAACUGCCUCAAGGGCUCAAGACCGAUCCUGAGCUUCGACGCUACUUUCGACAGCGCACCGCAUUUGAAACUGAUCAAGGAGCUUUUGACACAAACGUUUGGUGUGCCCAAGGGAGCUAGAAAGACAAAGCCUUUCGUAGACCACGUAAUGGCUUUCACAGUCGCAGACGGCAAAGUCUGGACCCGCGUCUACCAAAUCAACGAGACGGAAGCUGGCAAGACGUCUGCAAUCCCCGAGCAAGGACUUCCCAUGCCUUCUGCCACCGAAGUCAGCACCAGCGCAAAGGGCAAGAAGGACGCAGAGACCAAACUCAACUUGGUCGAGAUUGGUCCUCGCUUCGUGCUUACCCCUAUCAUCAUCCAAGAAGGCAGUUUCGGUGGCCCCAUCAUCUACGAGAACAAGGAGUUCGUCUCGCCUAACCAGGUCAGACGUGAGGUCCGUGUCGCCCGCAGUGCCAAAUACAACAACCGCGCCGAGGCCGUCAUCGAGCGCAAGGCCAAGAAGGGAGAUCUGGGUCUCACCACUUCUGGCGGAAAGGCAAAGGAAGUCGAUGAGCUGGAUGAGAAGAUGCUGUUCGCAUAA